CGAGUUUUUGUAAAUACGAAGAGAUGGUGCGUGCUCGUCUCGUGAUUCAGAGGGUUUUAAUGCAUUAAUGAUGAUGGAAUUGUGUCAUAGUGAAAUAUGUCACAAUUAUGUAUUUUCGUGAUGUAUUUUGUCGGCAAAUAUUGUAGUCUGUACAUAAAAACUACAUUUUCACAAUGGCUUUGAGUGAUAAUUACUUUGCCAUGCCCAUGAACAUGGACAGGGUCUGUAGGAUAUGUUUGCAAGAAAAUACUAAUCUAACACCAAUAUUUGGAAAUGAUCCAAAUUUGAGCAAUAUGACAGAUUUGUCCCAAAAGAUACAGAUAUGCGGUGGUGUUGAAUGCAAUCAACAAGAUGGUUUACCUUCUCAUAUUUGUGAUGUUUGCAUUUAUAAAGCCACAGUGGCUUAUGAAUUUAGACAAUUAUCUCAGCAUUCGGAUACUCGGUUGAGAGUUUUUUAUAACAAGCCAGCCAAAUACAGUGCUACAGACUCUGAAACACAAACAGAACAUUUGCAGAUGAUAACUGCAUCGAGUCUAUUGGUUGAACCACAGCUAUCAGAUCUCCAAAAAGAAUAUUUUCCAAAAGUGGAAGAAUCUUUAAGCCACUCGUCAUUCCAUAAUACAAUGGUUACCAAAGAUUAUACUGUUCAAACACAAGCCACCGACACUGGAGGUGUAACAAUGUCGGUGGAAGACAAUUCAUUCGAUUGUCAUUUGAAUUUCGUCGAUCAGCCUCAUCUCCAUAAUCAUCAAAACAAUGGGGAAUUACCUAAAGAAGUUGUAGUGGGCGUAGAAAAAAGCGACGCAAUCAACGAUUCCCAAGAAUUACUGUCAGUUCCUCUCAUAGACGAUAUGGAAAGCAAUAACAAGGGUGUAACGUACUUCACUUAUGAAAUCGCCAAGGAAGUGGUGGAAAACAUGGAAAAUCCGUCGAACAGCAUGGACAACAACAGCAGCUCGCUGUCGAGCUCGGAGCACGAGAAAGAGGAGACGAAGUUCGUGGUCGCGUGCAAGAGCGAAGAAUCGACGCAGUUCCACGACUUCGAUGGUGGUUGCGCCGCAGCGUUGGAGAAAGAAGAGGAAAAAUGCAGCAAAAGUGGAGAGGAGAAAAAGUCAAAGCAAUACGAUACUUCCAAGGGGACGGAUCAGUCGGCAGAGCUGCAGUCGGAGCACCAGCAGUCGUCGGGACAGUCGCAGCAGCAGCAGCAGCCGCACAAGUGUCGACUGUGCGUUAAAGAGUUCGGUCGACUGGAGAAUUUCGAGCGUCACGUUUGCAGCGGACUACAAAACGACCACCACCGAGUCAGUGAACUCGAGAACGUCAACACGACGACAACGUCGUCGACGACGACGAACAGCAGCUUCAAUUGCGAGGAUUGCGGCCAAAAGUGCUCGACGCUGAAAAAUCUCAAGCGCCACCAGCUGAUACACGGCGAGCGCAAGUACUCGUGCACCGUCUGCAAGAAGUGGUUCUUCCGGGCGGACACGCUGAAGAAGCACGCCGAGCGCCAUGGCCACGGACUGCUCGACAAUCUAGCCGACGAGAACGAGCUCUACCAGUCGGACGAGGAGGACAGCAGCGACGAGAUGAAGAGCCGCAAGUGCACGAUCGGCGACGAGAACGCCCAGGGCGAGUACAAAUGCCAGCACUGCGAGAAGAUCAUGGCCACGAAGAAGGGCCUGCGCCGUCACGUGGCGAUGCACAAGCCCAAACCCGAGCCGGCCGUCUGCGAGGUAUGCAGCAGGGUCUGCGCCAGUCGUGCCCGCCUCCUGCUGCAUCUGCGCACCCACAAGCCCAAGGACAAGCCGGCGCGCGAGUACCUCUGCCACAUCUGCAGCAAGGUCUAUCCGAGCAACUCGUCGCUCACCUAUCACAUGCGCACCCACUCGGGCGUCAAGCCGCACGUCUGCAAGACCUGCGGCAGCGGCUUCACCACCACCACCUCGCUCGCCAAUCACAUGCGCAUACACACGGGCGAUCGGCCCUUCGUCUGUCACGUCUGCAGCGCUGCGUUCGCCGUGAGCUCGGCCUUCAAGCGCCACCUGACCAGGCACACGGGCGAGGCCAAUUAUCUGUGCAAGACCUGCGGCAAGGCUUUUAAGCGGUUGAGUACGCUGAAGGAGCACACGUACACGCACUCGGGCGAGAAGCCCUACAUCUGCAAGACCUGCGGCGCGGCCUACAGCCACAGCGGCAGUCUGUUCGCCCAUCAGAAGAGGUGCCGCGCGGCUAGCUUGAACGGAGGCGGCGGCGCGCAAUUCAACAACAACGACGCGCCGCCGGCCGACGACAAUCUGCCUGUCAAUACUCAGGACGAAAAUGUACAGUCUUUGCAAAUAAAUCACAUACACGUCAGUAACGUGCAAUCGGCCGUUCGGGCGCUCGCUGUGAUAGGUCCCAUGUUUUAAUUUGAAAAAAAAACGAAAAAAAAAACGAUAUUUCGGGUCUCCCCCUUCCCCCGCCGGUCGACUUUUACAUCACACACGCUUUUAGUUUUUUAAGCUCGCGAAUUGGCCAUUUAGCUUUAGCGUUUUUAUCACUCAUUUUACUUUCACUUGUAUAACUGUGUAUAUGGAUAAUUUUUAUCGUGUGACUAUUACUGAGCUUUAUUAAGGUUUACGACAUAUGUGAAUUAUAAUGUAAUGACUCGUCGAGAUUGUAAUGUUUAAUUUUUUGUACAAACGAAAGUAACUUCAUGCGUAAGUUAUGAUUUUAUUCAAUAAUGAUAUAUGAUAAUUGUUGUAUAUUGAUUUGUACUAUUUUAUUUUAUAUGAAUUUUGCCAACGAGGCAUAAUUUUAUACGA